UCCGCCCCAUUGCGCACCAAAGCCGAAACGCUGUUAUUGCAACGCGAAACCAGUUGAAGAAAAACGCAACUAUCAAGUGCUCAUCGUUGUAUUUUGUUUACUUUGAUCUAACUCAGUAAGCCACACCAUGUCGCUUCCUAGGCAGCUGCGGGAUGAGAGUGACUUUGACCAACUGCCUAAUGACGUCCCAGUCAGCGCCUGCAUCGCUGACAUCGAGGAGAAGAAAGGCUUCAUCUAUUACUUUAUGUUUGUGAUGGAGGUGAAGAACAAGGGGGGCAGUAAGUACCUGAUCUACCGGAGGUACCGUCAGUUCCUCACCCUCCACCAGAUCCUGGAGUCCAAGUACUCCUCCGAAGACCCCCAAAGCUACCCCAAGACCUGUACCCUGCCGCAGCUCCCCGGUAAAGUCUACAUCGGCAACAAGCAGGAGAUCGCUGAGAGCCGAAUUUCAGAACUCAACAUUUACAUGAAGAGGCUGCUGGGCCUCCCCACCUGGCUGCUGCUGGACGACGACCUGAGGAUCUUCUUCUACCAGACGGACCAGGACAGCCAGCACCUCCCCCACAACCUGCGCCGCCUCCGGCCCCCCACGCGCAAAGUUAAGAGUAAACUCAUCCAACCCAAGACGGACCAGUUCUCAUCACCCAGAGCUGAGGUGAUGUUUGAGUUUCGCCGCAGCGGGAGGUUGGAGCUGAGUCUGAAGACGGGAGAUGUGAUCUUCCUGCUGAGGAGAGUCAACGCAGACUGGCUGGAGGGCACGGUGAACAAUCAAACAGGCAUUUUCCCAGAAUCCUUUGUGAAGGUCAUCAAGCCCCUCCCAGAGGACGAGGGGGGCGUGGCCACAUCUGCCAGCUCCUACAGCUGCCUCCGCUGCUACAUGCUCACGUCCUCUGGGGUGGACACCAGAGAUGUGUGUGUGGAGGAAGACAUCACCAUCCAGCCAUCAUACAGCGAUCUUCUGGCUCGCAUGAGAGAUGUUUUCAACAUGGCCGACAUCGCGCUGAACUACCGCGACCCCGAGGGUGACCUCAUCCGCAUGCUGGACGACGAGGACAUCGGCCUGAUGACCCGCGAGGGGCGUCGCCAGGCCCGCGGCCGCGCCCAGCGCCCCGUCAACCAGUUCCCCUGGGAGCUGCACGUCACGCUGACCUCCGACCUCUCCGUGUACGCCACCGAGGGAUGAUAACAUCGAAAAGAUGGUGAGAAGGGCAAGAGAUGAGAUGUAUUUGAGAGUGAGGGAGAGAGAGAGAAAGAGAGAGGGAGAGAGAGAGAGAGAGAGAGAGAG